GCGGCGGCAUCGGUCUCGGCUGUGGCCGCGGGAAGUGAAUGGUUUUACCCAGAGGGCCCUGCGCCGCCUUUCUCCGCUGGCACCGGCGCUCCUCCGCGCUCCUCCUCCCCGGCCAUGGCGUUCACGUUCGCGGCCUUCUGCUACAUGCUGGCGCUGCUGCUCACUGCUGCGCUCAUCUUCUUCGCCAUUUGGCACAUUAUAGCAUUUGAUGAGCUGAAGACUGAUUACAAGAAUCCUAUAGAUCAGUGUAAUACCCUGAAUCCUCUUGUCCUUCCAGAGUACCUCAUCCAUGCUUUCUUCUGUGUCAUGUUUCUUUGUGCAGCAGAGUGGCUUACACUGGGUCUCAAUAUGCCCCUCUUGGCAUAUCAUAUUUGGAGGUAUAUGAGUAGACCAGUGAUGAGUGGACCAGGACUCUAUGACCCUACAACCAUCAUGAAUGCAGAUAUUCUAGCAUAUUGUCAGAAAGAAGGAUGGUGCAAAUUAGCUUUUUAUCUUCUAGCAUUUUUUUACUACCUAUAUGGCAUGAUCUAUGUUUUGGUGAGCUCUUAGAACAACACUCAGAAGAACUGGUCCAGUUAAGUGCAUGCAAAAAGCCACCAAAUGAGGGGAUUCUAUCCAGCAAGAUCCUGUUUCCAAGAGUAGCCUAUGGAAUCUGAUCAGUUACUUUAAAAAAUGACUCCUUAUUUUUUAGAUGUUUCCACAUUUUUUGCUUGUGGAAAGACUGUUUUCAUAUGUUAUACUCAGAUAAAGAAUUUAAAUGGAAUUACGUAUAAAUUAAUAUAAAAUGACACCUCUGGUGUUGACAGGUUUGAACUUGCACUCCUUAAGGAACAGCCAUAAUCCCUUGAAUGAUUGCAUUAAUUAGUGACUGUCCUUAGUCCAUUGGAAGCUUUCAUUUAUAGGAACUCAUAGGGCUCAUUUUGGUUUUAUUGAAAUGCCAUUUAAUUAUAAAUUAGCUGUAGAUAUCAGGUGCUUCUGAUGAUCUGAAAAUAUAUAUCUGACCUGUAGGAAACUUCAUGGGUUUCCUCGUCUAUCAUGUAGGUGAUUAUAUAUGGAUACAUUAAAAAAAUAAGAAGAGUGGGAUUUUUUUCCCUUCGAUUUGAAAUAUCCCUGUAUAUUGCAUGAAUGAGAGAUUUCCCGUAUUUCCACCAGGGUAAUAUACUUGCUUUAAUUCUUAAGCAUAAGUGAACAUGAUACAAAAAUAUAUGCUGACUUACUUGUGAAGAAUGCAUUUAAAGCCAUUUUAAAUGUGUUUAAUUUGUGAGACACUACUUAUUAACAAAUUGGUUAUUAUACUUAACUGUUCUAGUCUGGUGGUAAAGGUAUUCUUAAGAAUUUGCAAGUACUUUAGAUUUUCAAAACUGAAUGAGAGAGAACAUUGUAUAACCAUCCUGCUGUUCCUUUAGUGCAAUACAAUAAAACUCUGAAAUUAAGACUUAUUUUCAGUGCAUUGUUUUAAAGAUUACAAAUAGCUAUUUCUUAAACUUGCUUAUUCCAAAUAAAGACAUAUCGCUGUCAGUUUUUAAAAAAGAUAGUAAAGUAUUACAUUGUGUUUUUUUUUUUUUAAUACCAUGCUUGGAUCUACAAAGGAAGACUUUUAAAUGGUUAAGCACAUUACCAUAUCUAUUGUCACUGGUCAAGAUUCAUAAACACUGGUGGCACAGCACCAUCAUUUUUCUUACCAAUUAAAAUUUUUAUUUUGAAACUUAAAAUGUUUAAAAUAUUUUUUUCCUUUUUGAAACAGUAGGUUUUAAGGUAAAAUGUCACAAAUUUGUGUUUUUGCUGCUGCUUGUAAAGCAGGUAAAUUAUGGCUUGUGUGUUUUCAUAAGCAUUCUUGUGCUUUAUUUGGGAUGAGGAAGUUAAGGCAAUUGAAAAUAGUGUAAAUGGUUCAAAGUUUCUUAAAGGAUCAAAGAAAGAAAACCAAGAUAUAUAGAAACUCCACAUAAUGAUCAAAGGAGUUUAUGGAUGUGUUUGUGGAAGUCAUACUCUAAGUACCACUUGAAUUAGAUGCUGUUUUAUUCUCUACUAGUGAAAAAAUGCUUCCCCACCUUUGGGAGAGUGGCUGUUACUGUUUUAAGAUUGGGUAAUGGGGGUGAAAAGGUUGAAGAAGAGGACGUAGAACCAGAAGAAUAAGGAGAGUCAAACCAUUUCAUAAUGAGAGGAGCUUUGUAACGACCUUGUAUUUUGUACUCUGGAGAAUGGCUCGAGGGAUCUGACUGUUCAUCAGUUCAUGUAGUAAAUUGUUUAUUAAGCUCUUGCUAGGCACUGAAGACUCAUGAUCUGAGUGUAAGCAGCCAUUCAGUUUCUAAUCCACUCGAUUGUAGCAGCAUGCAUUCAUUUUUCUUUCUUGUUCACAAGUACUUUUGAUCAUGAGAGAGCUGGCCAAGUCUUCCAUGCUUCAGAUAGGUUUCCUGGGGCCAUUGCUUUUGUAUUCUUGUCAAAGCAUUUUUCUGAGUCCUUGCUGUCUCUUAGCAAACACCACUUCCCUUUAUAAGUUUUAACAAACAUCCUUUUAAUAAUGUAUUUCACAAUAUUCUCCAGGAUUAAUGCAAGGUUUACUGCUUGCAAUUUGUAGAAGCCACCUUCUCAUGCUUCAAAAAUUAGAUAUGUCGUCCUUAGCUGAUUCCUCAAAGAUGGCUUGACAGUAAGGUUCAUCCAUCUCAGUAGUAGGUUGUUAGUUCCUCAUCAUGUAAUUGAUUAGAAGGUUGGGGACCUGGAUGCGCUCAUAAUAUCUACUCAUCUUUACCUAUUCCAGUGUUUUAUGAAAUUAAGUCACUUACCAAGAGAAAGCAGAAACCUAAUAUUUGCAUUUGACAGUAUCCCGCCGGUUCUUUUCCUUGCUCUGAGUUUAAUUUCUUCCCCCAUUAAUCUGGUUUAGGCGCCCCUAGCCAUCUUCCUUUUUUUCCUGCAUGCCCAGCUGGAACUUACUUAGCCUGGGUUUGUGAUCCUUUCCAGCUUUAGUCAGACCACCCUGUGCAGCCAUAGCUGUUUAUUUAGGAUUCUUUUUUCCUUUGUUAUAGUUACUUUUGCUAUUGUGUGUUUUGAUUUAUCUUUAAGAACUUUCCAACCCUCUGAAACCAUGAGUGUAACACACUGUGGUUUAUGUCUAUGUCAGCAACUCUGUUGCUGUUGGUCCUACAGAUCCUCCAUUAAAAGUCCUAUGUAACAAAUGUAGUCUAUUUAGCAGUUACUCAUUUGAAUAAUAGUGUAUCAUGGCAAUAUGUCCUGUUAGUGCUAAGGAGUAUAGGGGUAGAAACUUACUUAAAUGCCCGAAUCUGAAUUUUAUUAAUAACAUUUGAUGAUUUUCACAAUAUUUAACUGAUAGUCACUCCCUAUCCCAGGGUAAAGGAGAGUUGGGUCACAGGCUGCACGUAAACUGCUAAUUUGUUUGAAGUUUGAAUUGCUUUUCAUGGGAAGUGGGUAGUGAUAGGAAAUGACCAGACAAUCCACUUCUGACACGUGUCAGGUAUUAACUAAAGCAUUUGAGAAGCCUAAUGGAUUAUACCAUGAGUUGCCAGACCUACCAGUCUAGUUCAGAUACCCAGAUAAUGAGCUUACACAAAGCAACAGAAUGCAUGGCAAUUUGCAAUACGUGUCUUUUUGAAAGCCUGUUCGGUAUUUUUCAGCUUGAGGGUCACUCAUGCUAGUAGCUCUCAUAGAGCUCUUCUCUGCUCCGCAGAUCAACAUUUUGAAAAUAUGUCAGAUAAUUGCAUAGAAAGGAAAUAGAGAUGUAGAUACACCUUGAAACUAGCAAGUUGUUUUCCUUGGUACAACACUUUUUCCCUCCAGUUAUGUAUUUAUGAACAGUGUUCAUGGAAUAUUAUUGCUGUAGCUCCAAGAGUGGCUCCUGUGGGUUCCCCACACCUGUAGGAGGGUGGGCUUUCACUUUAAGUGUGGCUCCAUCAUAGCAAGUGUGCUAUAUUGAGCCCAUUAAAAUGACCUAUAUUUAAAAGUAUGUAUCUAAUCUGUUUACAUCAUGUAACACAGAUGUGCAUCUCUCAGUAAUCAGCUGUAUAGUAUAAUUGUAAAUCAGAAGUUUUGACAGCCAAUAUAUUUUAGAACAACACUUUUCAAAGGGGAAAAAUAAAAAUAUCAAUAUGUUGUCUAGCAUUGUUCAUGAGAGUACCCAUAUUUGGAUACUGUUAAUGUUAAUCUCAAAUAAUUUAAGCUUUUUUGCUCAAACCAGUCAUUGAUCUGCGGUGAGACCAGCAGUUAAUGAAUCUCUGGCACUAGUACUGUACAGCUCAGCAGAUGGUUCUGAACUAAUACUCGAGGGUGUUGCCAAGAGAGAAAAUGUGAUUCUAUUUCUGGAUAUGUUGAAUAGCUUUCUUAGAACAAUUAUUUUGAUUAAAAUUAAGAGUUCUAAAGCUAAAUGUCUAAAAGGAGUAAACAAUUCUGUUGCUUGUUCUGCUUGGUUUUGGAAAAAAACCAUGAAAGGUAACCUGUGGGGUUGGAAAGAAGGUUUUACCCUACAUUAAUUUUAUUAAUGCACAUUGUGGAAGAUGUAGAGAACAUCUUGACAUGGAAAACAAUAAGUUAACUUUUACCAUACAGUGCUUUCCUAAACAUUUAAAUUUCUUCAGUUACCAUGUUCGUGUAGAAAAACUUAUUGAAUAAUAAGUGGAUGACAAGGUAGACCUUAAAACUACUAAGGGAAACACAGAAUGUAGUUAGCUGUCUGUGCUCAUGGUUUGUUAACAUCUAAAUUAACCUUAAUGGUGCUGUAUCACUGUCCAAAGACAACGCGCUUAUGUCAUCCUGCCUUCUUAGAGCUUGCCUGCUUUAUUUUGCUUUUGUACAUUUAAUAAAAACUGUCUCAAAUGUU